AUGGCCGGUGCGGUGUCGCUGUUGGCCACGGCCGGCGCGCAGGCCGAUUGCGCAUUCGAGAACGAUGUCACGGUCAAGUCGCUGUCGGCCGGCUUUGAAGCGUGGAAGGAGUUCCGCACCAAGCAGCCCGCCGCGUUCGCAGCCAACCCGUCGCUUUACCACAUUGGCGGCGUUUCGAACGGCACGGUCACGCCGCUGCUCAACGAGGGCACGAUCCGGCCGCUCGACGACCUGAUCGCCGCGCACGGCCAGAACCUUGCCCCCAACCAGCUCAUCAAGAUCAAUGGCGAGACCAUGGCGGUCGCGAUGAUGGUAAACACGCAGCACCUGAUGUACCGCGAGGACAUUUUCGACGAUCUGGGCCUUGAAGUGCCGUCAACAUGGGAUGGUGUGCUCGAAGCGGCUGCCGCCAUCAAGGAAGCCGGCGUCGUCGACUAUCCGCUCGGUGCGACGAUGAAGUCGGGCUGGAACCUGGCCCAGGACUUCAACAACAUGUUCCUGGGCUUUGGCGGCCAGUUCACCGGUGCCGACUCGAUGCCGACGGUUAACACCGAAGCCGGCAUGAAGGCGCUCGACAUGAUGAUGCGCAUGACCGAGUACAUGGAUCCCGAAUAUCUGGUGUCGGACUCCACCUACGUGCAGCAGCAGUUCCAGCAGGGCAAGAUCGCCAUGGCGAACCUGUGGGCCAGCCGCGGCGCGGCCAUGGACGACGAGGCCGAGAGCCAGGUCGUCGGCAAGGUCAACGCCGCCGCCGCACCGCUCGCCAUGGAAGGCGGCGCGCCGGCCACGACGCUUUGGUGGGACGGCAUCGUCAUCGCCAAGAACAUUUCCGACGAGGAGGCCGAGGCUGCGUUCCGCGUGGCCAUGGAGGGCCUCGACACGGAGAUGGUGACGGCCAACAACGACGAUGCGAUCUGGCUGAUUUCGGGCUAUGAGCCGAACCGUCUGGCCCAGGGCGCCAUCGCCACGGCCAGUGCCGAUCCGGCGCCGCAAUCCUACCCGUCGACCAGCCAGAUGGGCCUCAUGCACACCGCGCUCGGCAAUGAGCUUCCGGCCUUCUUCACCGGCGAACGCGAUGCCGCGGCGACGCUCGAAGCCAUCGAGGAAGCCUACAUCACGGCGGCCAAGGAAGCCGGCCUGAUCGAAUAA